AUGGCUUGUUCUUCUUCCUCCGUGGUUGUUGUGGGUUCUUUGGAUAAAGAAUUAUCCAAGAGCACUGUGGGUUUUUCUGGGAUUCCAAUUGGUCUCAGAUUCCAGCCUUCUGAUCGUGAUCUUGUCAUCCAUUAUCUCUACAAGAAUGUCGAAGGCUUUCCUUUACCUUCUGAUUCCACUGUCCCUUUUUGUGAUCUUUAUGGCCACCAAGAACCAUGGGAGAUUUGGGAUGCCUUUGGAGGGAUUGACAACGAGAACUUAUUCUUCUUUACCAAUCUCAAGAAGAUGAGCCCAAUAAUAUCUCGAACUAAUCGCCAAGUUGGAUCAUCCGGCGGUACAUGGCAGGAUGAAGGACGAAACAAGCGGAGUGGGUGGCUCGAGAAUUCAGUGGCUUGUCAAGAUAUUCAACUACAAGAAUCCCAAAUCCAAGGCUCAGAAUGCACUCCUACUGCAACUAUUGUGUGCCGUUUAAGGAAGAAGAAACCCAAGAGGAAGAGGCAGUUAGAUUAUGAAGAAGAAGAUAUGGAUAAAAAUUGCAAGCGCUCCAUGGGUGAUCGGCUAGCAAUGUCAACCACAUUUGUUUCUGUGAGUGUGAACCCACCACACAGCCUCCUUCCUGAUCAUGAAAAUGAUGCAAUACUCGAGCAAGACGCAGCCACAAACAACAACAGUGAUGAGCAUCUGUCAUUGGAUGGCGCUGAUGCACCUGAAGAUCAGCUGCAAUAUUACAACAUGUUGCUUACUGAUGACAUUCUAUCCACUGAGCCUUCUGAUUCUAAUGAUGCUCUUCGACAACGUCAGAUAGUUGGUAAUGGAGAAGAAAUGGCUCUUGAUGAUGAUUAUUUUCAUUCUAUCAUUCAGGAACUUUUAUGCGAAGAAGCACCUACCCUCUUGCAACUCAAAGAUGAGACUUUAAAGUGUUGA